CCCUGAGAGCCAUGGCACUCCUGUGAGAGGGACAAAAAGGUUAGGGACCGAAAACAAAAGAGGAUACAAGAAAUUAAUAUACAAAAAGAAAAAAAAAAAAAGAAGGGACAAACAAGAAAGAAGCAUUUUUAUCCUACAAACCCUUCUCUUUACUACAUUCACAUAUCCCUAUUCACUUCCUCUAUUCUUUCCCUUCUCCAUUUCCAAGAAAGGGACUAAAUUCCAUCGGCUAUAAUUCAAAUUUUCUUCGUUUGACGUUCCACAUUACUAUCUUUUCGUGGGGGUGAUUUGACAGAAUUUAGGCCAUUUUAGAUAAUUAUGGAAAACCCAGUUGCAUUUGUUGGUUGAAGUAAUCACAUUCAAUCUGGUGCAGAUCUGGAAAUCUGUAAAGAUAUUUUUGUCUGAGGAAAGGGUCUCCUUUUAGAGAAAUUGUUGUGGUUACUUAGUGGAUUAAUAGUUGGUUUUGUAAAAGCCUGUCAAAAAGUGUAUUGAUCGUUAAGAUAUGAAGGGGGAUAUCAAUGUGGUUUAAUCUGCACAGUUUGGAUGGAUGUAUGUGAAUCAAGGAUAGUAUUACAGAAGCACUCCACCGUGGAUACUGCAAGAACACCAUUGGUGAAUGCUGACAAUAAAAAUGGAACCACUCGACAGUCCCAAACCAGAGAAGUUUGUUCUAGGUAUAGGUCACCUACUCCAUCUGCAGCCUCUUGUCCAAGGCGUUGCCCUUCGCCAAAUGCCACUAGAACAUCAAUGUCGUCAAUUGUAUCAGCAACUAAGAGGUCGGCAUCAGCCGGCAGGAAGCGUCCUACCACUCCAUCUCCUCGAAGUCCACAUGCAUCAACCCCAGUCCAGGAUACAACUGCAGAAAUGCUUUUGGCAUCAAAAAAAAUAAUAGGUAAUAAGUUACCGGAGUCUCUUUGGCCCUCUACAAUGCGGAGUCUCAGUGUUUCUUUCCAAUCUGAUACCUUUUCUCCCCCUAUUAGUAAGAGAGAAAAACCAGCAUCUCAUGGUCUUUCUGAUCGCACCAUGAAGUCAUCGGUGAAUGUAGUGCAGAAACAGGGCAAAACACCACCGGCUUCAAGGAAGCCUACACCAGAGAGGAAGAGGAGCCCAGUUAAAGGAAAUAAUUCUACUGAUCAUUCAGAGAAUUCCAGACCAAUUGAUGCUUUACAUACUGGACUAGUGGAUCAGCAUCGAUGGCCAAGCCGAACAGGUGGAAAAGUGUCCUCUAAAGCUUUAAAAAGAAAUUCUGAUCUCACUGAUAAGACCAAUAGAACUUCUCUAUCUCACUCACGAGCAGAUUCACCUUCCCUGAGGAGAUUAUCUUUGGUUGGGAUGGGUAAACCUUUAUCAGAAACUAGUGCUUUGUUAACACGUGUGUCUCGUGAUGACACAAGUGAGAAAACAAUGUUGGGCGGUUGUUCAGUUGUUGAUAAUUCACUGCUAAAAGAAAAGAUUGUUUCUUCAAUUUCAUUGAAUAGAGAAACAUUUAGAAAUUCUGCUGUUAGACAUCAAUCUUUACCAACUCCUGGAUCACGUCCUGCAUCACCCUCUUUGUCUAGAGUUAGUCCAUCUGGAGCAAAGGCAGUCUAUCCUUCUUCUAGAGGACCUAGUCCUGCUCGGGUAAGACCAUCCAGUCCAUCAAGGCAAGCCCAGAGUUUAACUUCUGUCCUUAGUUUUAUCGUGGAUAUUAAGAGAGGGAAGAAGGCUGUAAAUCACAUCGAAGAUGUUCAUCAUAUGCGGUUGCUAUACAAUCGACUCUUGCAAUGGCGAUAUGCCAAUGCCAGAGCAAAUUCUGCGCUGCAUUCUCAGAAAAUAAAAGCAGAGAAACUGCUGUACAAUGUUUGGAGAGCAACUGUAGAUCAAUGGAAAUCAGUGAUUGGUAAAAGGAUUGACCUCCAGCAGCUGAGACAUAAGUUGAAGCUCUAUACAGUUUUCAACAACCAACUGGCCUGUCUUGAUGAAUGGGAUUUUAUCGAAAGGGAUCAUACUAACGUUUUAUCCUGGGCUAUACAAGAUCUUCAGGCUAGCACUCUCUGUCUUCCAGUAACUGAAGGGGCGAAGGGAGACAUUGAAGCCAUUAAGGCAGCUGUUUGUUCAGCAAUUGAUGUGAUACAUGUGAUGGGAUCCUCCAUACGCUCCAUAUAUCUGCAGGUGGAGGGAAUGAACAGUGCGGUUUCUGAUCUUGCUGUAGUAGCUUCACAAGGGAGAGCGAUGCUUGAUGAAUGUGAAUCUCUUUUGGCUUACACGGCGGCUAUCCAGCAGGCAGAAGAACACAGCCGUAGGACUCAGUUGAUACAGUUGAGACCAGCUUGAGCAGUGGUGAACCACCAAAAUUUGGCAAAUAAAACUAAUCGUGUCUUCGAAUAUGUGACGCUAACAACAGUUUUACUGCCUCAGCAAAUAAGAUUUAUCAGCAAGUCCAUUUGUUGUAAGUGAUUAUUUUAUUCGUUCUUUUUGCAUGUAAUCUAUUGUAUUAUCAACAGAAAAAUGUGAAGGAAAGAAUGCAAAUAUAUUGAAGUUACGGUCACCCGGAAAAAUAUGUUUGGCGGGAUGGAUAUUAGCGUCAUACAAAUAUACAAGGCUGUAAAAGUACAGAAUUGUCCUUGUAACGAAAUUAAUUAAAAUCAAGAUGGAUUUUAUCCUAUCACCCUUCUCCAACUCCCUUACCCCAAGGUCCCCAACCCUUGAAGCUGAAGAGAUUAUGAAGCAUGCAAAGGAAUGAUUGAAUAUGAAAAGUCCUGCUGGAUGAGACAUUGCACCUGCGAUAUAAUGUGUAAAAAAGAUGUUUAAAUCUUGAAGAAGAUAUCAAGCAUCCAACGGCAUUAAUCUCUAGUAGAUUUAAUUGCUAAGCAGGGACCAAUGAAGAUGCAAUUGCUCGAAGCAAUAUAGAGUAUGCAGAAAACUGGCCUAUUCGGCAUUUGAGCAGGCAUACAUUUGCUAAUCAGGCUCUUGGAGAGAAGACAGCCUUGUUGUGCAGACCAUGUGCUAAAGAAAGAGAGGUUUAACUUGAUCUUUAGCAAUGAAUUCAUUGUAAAUUGUGUUAGAUGUACUUUAUAAUGAAUUUAUGAUAUACAGUUCAUAAGUUCAGAAGCUUUUGAUUUGAUAUAUUUUGUUGGAAAUUUUAAGUAUUAAUCCAUUUUUGAAUUAACUGUU